UUCUCCUCCUUCGCUGGCCCCCGCCCCAAAACCCGAAACCCUAGCAAAAAAUCCUCAUCCCACCGAAACCCUAGCCCUAAACCCAAUCCUAAGCCCAAAUCCAAAUCCAAUCUCAAAACCCUAAUCGGCUCCGAAGCCACCACCUACACUCGCCUUCCCCCACGAGACAGCACCGACGACCGAUUCUCGCCCUCAAUAUCCAGCAUUAUCAAGCUCCACGAAUCACCCGUCCCAGCUCAAAACCUCACCGAAGAUCCAAUCUUUGAAGAAGAAGGCGAAGAGUCAGGGCUCGAGUGGGAGGACGAGGACGAUGUUAUACUAGGGUUAGGUUCAGAUUCAGCUGACGAGGCCUCUGAUUUGGAGGAGUUCGAGGAUGAAAUCGAGGAGGGAGAGCUUGGAGAGGUGAAGGAGAAGGGGGUUCCUGCAAUCAUGAGAUGCUUCGACCGAGCGAAGAUAUACGUCAAGGCCGGAAAUGGCGGGAACGGUGUUGUGGCGUUCCGGCGGGAGAAGUAUGUGCCUUAUGGUGGGCCCUCUGGUGGCGAUGGCGGAAAAGGGGGAGAUGUUUAUGUGGAGGUUGAUGGCUCAAUGAAUUCUUUGCUACCGUUUAGGAAAAAUGUGCACUUUAGGGCUUUGAGAGGAUCGCACGGGCAAGGGAGAAAGCAGGCCGGAGCGAAAGGGGAGGAUGUGGUGGUGAAAGUGGCACCGGGGACAGUGGUGAGGGAUGCGAGGACCGGGGAGGUGUUGUUGGAGUUGAUGAAUGCUGGGGAGAGGGGGUUGUUGUUGCCCGGGGGAAGGGGAGGGAGAGGGAACGCUUCGUUUAAAUCGGGAAUGAAUAAGGUCCCUAAGAUCGCAGAGAAUGGAGAAGAAGGUGCCGAAAUGUGGUUGGAUUUGGAGUUAAAAUUGGUAGCUGAUGUGGGUAUAGUGGGUGCUCCAAAUGCGGGAAAAAGCACCCUUUUAAGUGCCAUAAGUGCUGCCGAGCCAUCAAUAGCAAAUUACCCAUUUACAACUUUACUUCCAAAUCUUGGUGUGGUUUCAUUGGACUUCGAUGCUACAAUGGUGGUAGCAGAUUUGCCCGGCUUACUUGAAGGUGCGCAUCGAGGCUUUGGUUUAGGCCAUGAAUUUCUGCGUCAUACUGAAAGAUGUUCUGUCCUGGUGCACGUAGUUGAUGGUUCAGCAAUGCAGCCAGAGUAUGAGUUUGAUGCAGUUCGUUUGGAACUAGAACUAUUUAGCCCCGGCCUGGCAGAAAAGCCCUUUAUUGUUGCAUAUAAUAAAAUGGAUCUUCCAGAUGCAAAUGAAAAAUGGGUUUCAUUCAAGGAGCACGUAAAAACUCGUGAUAUUCAUCCUUUUUGCAUCAGCGCAAUUAAUAGGCAGGGAACACAUGACAUUGUUCGCGCUGCAUAUGAACUUCUGCAGAAGGAGCUGGAGAAAAAGAAGAACACUCAAGAGGGGACGGGUGAGGCAAAUUUGAAUCAUGUGGCUGACAGCAUACAGAAGCAACGAAGUGCUUCAAUGAAUGACUUUGAGGUCUUUCAUGAUAGUGAUUCUAAUACAUGGCAUGUGGUUGGAGCUGGAAUUCAACGUUUUGUUCAAAUGACGAAUUGGCAGUAUGCAGAAUCUCUUAGAAGAUUUCAACAUGCUCUAGAGGCUUGUGGCGUAAACAAAUCUCUUGUGAAACAUGGAGUUAAAGAAGGCGAUACAGUGAUCAUAGCUGAUAUGGAGAUGAUUUGGAACAAUGCUACCGAACAAUUUGGCCCAUCAAGAAGAGAAAAACUGACAUCUGAUUCUGUUAACUGGUCACAAUUUGGGUAGAACAUCAUUCUUGAGGUAAGUGCAGAUUGAUUUUGGGAAUUUGUGGCGUGGAGAAUGUUUGCAUAUGGUAUUAGUUGCAAAGUGAAUCUUUACCAAAUGCUCAAAAAAAUUAUAGUCUCCACCAAGUUUGCGGAAUUUAACAAAGGGGACUAAAGUAAUGAAGUGAUACAUGGACAUAAGAGCAUCCAAUAAAUCUGAUAUGGACGCUCGGGUAUAUUAUUGUACGCAAUUAUGUUCGUAACUGUUUGUACAAUGAGCAUUCAAAAAGAAAUUGGGUCACGGUUCAACAAAAUAA